AUGCCCCCAUUCCUGUAUGCAAGCUCCGUGUACCAGUCUUUCGUAGAAUAUCCUCAUUUGUAUGAAAGUGUCUUUGCUAAGAUGUGGUCUAUGAAAUUAGUGAUUGUGUGGUUAAUGUGUUUUGGUGUUAUGGGAGAUGAAAUAAUUAAAACCACUGAUAAGGAUAAUACUGAUAAGAGCGGAACGGAUUUUGAAUCAGAUGAUGAUUUUAAUGUUGACGUUAGAUCAUCUGUUUCUGACGAUGCACCCAACAGAAUAUGUAAAUGUCGAUGCGGUGAACGCAAUGAAGCUUCUCGUAUUGUGGGAGGCGUGGAGUCUGCUGUGAACGAGUUUCCGUGGGUCGCAAGAUUGACGUACUUCAAGAAGUUCUAUUGCGGAGGAAUGAUCAUCAACGAUAGAUAUGUGAUGAGUGCUGCUCACUGCGUUAAAGGGCUCAUGUGGUUCAUGAUAAAAGUGACACUUGGCGAACACAACCGAUGCAACGAAACUUAUAGACCGAUCACGAGAUACGUGGUCAAUAUUGUAUCUCAUAACUUCACUUAUGUCGACUUCAAGAAUGAUCUAGCUUUGUUAAAGCUGAACGAACCAGUCGAAAUUACAGAUACUGUAAAGCCUGUGUGCUUGCCACACAAUGACGAUAACGAAUAUAUAGGCAUCAAAGCUAUCGCUGCUGGUUGGGGAUCAAUAGGCGAACAGAAGAACCACUCCUGCAAUCUGCUGGAAGUUGAAUUGCCGGUCAUCAGUAACCAGGAUUGUAAAAAUACCAAAUAUGACAGCGCCAUGAUCGCUGAGAGCAUGCUUUGUGCUGGAUAUCCAAGCGAAGGCAACAGAGAUACUUGUCAGGGCGACAGUGGUGGGCCUUUAUCGGCUGAAAGAAAAGACAAACGCUAUGAACUAUUAGGGUGUGGCAUUCCCUACAGCCAGAAGAAUACACACAGCAGGACGGUAGGAGGCGAACCUAUACAUCGCGACGAAAUGCCAUGGUUGGCCUAUGUACAUACUAACGAGAGUUCUGUGUCUGGAACUUUAAUUUCAGAUAAGCAUGUCAUUACUGCUGCGUCAUCUGUUUACGAACUUUUACCAUCAAGAGUAUCAGUCACAUUGGGAACAAAUGACAUAUGCGAAAAGGUGACAUCAGCAUUCAACGCUAGCGUAGAAGCAAUCUUAAUUCAUCCAAAAUAUUCACCGACGAGAAAGAACAAUGAUUUGGCUUUACUGAAACUACGAAACCAUGUUUCUUUUAGUGAACACAUUACGCCGAUUUGUAUGCCAUUAUAUGAUAUAGGUCACGACAAACGCUUAGUGGAAAUAGCAUCAAUAGCCAGCGAUAAUAUGACGUCAUCUAUGAAUUGUGUGACCCACUCAACACCAUUGUCGAUUCUAUCAGAGAGAACGUGCUUGACUUAUGCCAACUCUUCACUAAUUACAUCCGAUAAAGGCUGUUUGGGUCCUGUUGGAGCGCCAGGGACUUUGUGUGAGUCGGAUAUAGGAUCACCAGUUAUGACGCGCUUCUCAUCCAUCAGUCCCUACAGGUUACUUGGUGUUUUAUCUACAGCUAGCUGCUACGAUGCCGAACCACCUCUUUACACCAAAAUUGUCGACCAUUUACCAUGGAUCCAUGAAAACAUUCGCCGGGACUGUCAGUGCUUUUGA